CAUAAACACAUAUGCUUGACAGCAGUAAGAACGACAUAAUCAUUAUCCAAGUGUAGAAAAUUUAAGAUAACAUUUUUGUUAUCGUUUGUUCGUGACUUUAGCGCGCUAAAAAAUUGCAAAUUGCACGAUUUCCGUAAAUUGAGAACGCAGUACGCGAAUAUAAUAUGUAUUAUGAACAUCGUGAUUGAAUUUAUUUCUCAGAAAUUUCAAAAUGAUCAAUCUUUCAAAGUUUUUGAAAAGCAAAAGGAUUUCAAAAGAAGUCUCUCGGGAAAACACUAACGAAGAACAUGGAAAAGCACCAUCACCAUCACCACCAGAAUCCACAGAACAGGUUGAAAUUUCAUCAUCUUUAUGGCUUUCGAAAAGAUUACUAGUCAUAAUCGUCAUGUUCACAUGCUACGUACACACAGCUUUUAUAAGAUUCAAUAUCAGUAUCGCUGUAGUUGAGAUGACCAACGCUAAGAAGAUCGAAACAGGAAAUACGACCGAAAUCCGAGAUUUUUUUCAGCCAGCAGAAUUCGACUGGGAUUCCAAAACUGUUGGAGUGGUUCUGAGCAUAUUUUAUUAUGGCGGAUUAUUCAGUUUUUUAUUUGGAAGUGUGGUGGGCAAAAUUGGAGGUGCACGUAGCUGCGCUUUAUCCAUGCUGCUGAGUGGUUCAUUAACCAUGCUUCAACCCCUCAGCUUACACUAUGGAUUUUAUACAUUUCUAGCUUGUCGUUUGAUUAAUGGACUGCCCGAAAGUUUGGCAAUGGUGAGUAUAUUGGAAGUAUGUUCAAAAUGGGUACCGGAAAACGAGAAAUCAAAGCUCAUGUCCUUCACUGUAAAUGGACUCAAUGUCGGCGCCGCUGUUGUUCACAGUCUUUGUGCGUUUUUGGCCGACCGUUGGGGCUGGCCGAUGAUAUUCUACGGAACAGGUGCCUUAUCAAUAACCAUGUCGAUCAUUUGUUUCAUUUUGGUGAAAAAUCGACCAACAGACGACAAAUGGAUUUCUGAGAAAGAGGUCGCGUACAUCCAACAAGGAAUCAAGGGCACUUCAAAGGGGAAGGUGGUCCAUGCUUACAAACGAAUUUUAUUAUCACUUCCGGUGUGGGCAAUAUUGUCGUCUAGGUUUACUUUGAUGUGGAUUUCCACUAUUUUGAUCACCAAUCUUCCACUAUAUGUUAAAGAUUUAACUCAAAAGAGUAUCACUCAAGUUGGAAUGAUGUCUUCACUUCCGACAGCCAUUAGUAUAUUUGUGAUUCCUAUUUGCGGAAUACUAAUGGAUUUUAUCAAGAAAAGCUUUAAAAUGUCUGCAACCACGCUGUACAAAACACUCAUCAGUGGAGCUUUUCUGUUCAACAGUGCUUUAUUUUUGUGUUCUAUAGCACUUUCCAAUUUCACAGUAUCGAUGGUUUCCUUCGUCUUGAUCAUGAUGUCACAAUCGAUUAUUAAUCUUAGUUCACAGAUUGUCACAAUCAGUAUUGCACCAAACAGUAGCAGUGUUAUCGCUGCACUUGGUAUGUUCGCGUUCAAUUUGAGUAGUAUUUUGUCACGCAGCAUUACAGGAUUCAUGAUUAAGAAUCACAGCGUGGAAGAAUGGAAUAAUUGUUUCAUCUUGACAAGCGGUGUGUCGCUUUUUGGAGCAAUAUUUUUCCUAUUAUUUGGAUCUAGCGAAGUUCAAUCGUGGGCAGCGACACCAACAAAGGAACCAGGCGAAUCUCCUUCCUCCAACGAAAAUCGCGCCGAACCAUCAUGAAUUCAUGAAGUCCCCGAAGAAAAUUUCAGACUCUUUGAUCGAGAAAACAGUUCACGAAUUGGUUCAGAAUAGUAUUAUUUUCAAGUGGAAAUUUAAACAAUAAUUUCUUACCCCCUAUCACAUCAGCGAAUGUUGAUUUUUUCCUCGUACGUAUGAAUUCCAGAAGGUGCUUUGUCCAAAAAAUUGAUUUUGAGAAUAACAGGAAAAGAGUGAUGGGAGAAAUGAUACUAUAAUACGAUAUUUAAAUGUGCUAGACUCAAUUCUAAAAAUUUUGGACAACUUUCAAUCAUCAAAGUGCUGUUUCUGAUUAAAAGUUACAAGUUGAUUUUUCUCAUUUUUCGAUUUCUCUGUUAAAACAUUUUUCAAUGACUCGAGAGAACUUCAUUUUGAUUUCUAUUGUGAGGAUCUUUUAAUUAUAAGUACUUAUUCGUUAUUCUAUGACUCUUUUGCAUUGUUUCUAUUUUGAUAGUAAAGGAUUACGAUGACU